AUGACAGGCGUUAACGUGGCGAUUCUGCUCGGCAGCUGUUUGCUGCUCGUGGUGCUGCCGGUACAGUCGGCCCCCGGUAAGCUGAACGGUCGAGUGGUGGGUGGCGAGGAUGCGGCCAAGGCCCAGUUCCCCCACCAAGUCUCCCUGCGGAACGGGGGUUCCCACAGCUGUGGCGGUUCGAUCUUGUCCAGGAACUACAUCCUGACCGCCGCCCAUUGUGUGACCAACGAGGAUGCGAGUGGCAACCACAUUCCCAUUGCCGCGGAGCGUUUGACCAUUCGAGCUGGCUCCAACGAUCGCUUCAGUGGCGGAGUCUUGGCUCAGGUGGCCCAAGUGAUUGUCCACGAGGAGUACGGCAAUUUCCUCAACGACGUGGCCCUGCUCCUACUGGAGUCCCCACUGAUCCUGUCCAGCAGCAUCCAGCCCAUCAGUCUGCCCAGCGCGGAUACGCCGGCGGACGUGGACGUCGUCAUUUCCGGUUGGGGAAGGAUCAAGCACCAGGGUGAUCUGCCGCGAUACCUGCAGUACAACACCUUGACGUCGAUUUCCACCGAGAAGUGUGACGAGCUCAUUGAGUUCGGAUUCGAGGGCGAGCUGUGCCUGCUCCACAAGGUGGACAAUGGGGCAUGUAACGGCGAUUCCGGCGGUCCGGCCACCUACAACAACCAGCUGGUGGGCGUGGCCGGAUUCGUUGUGGGCGGCUGUGGGUCCACCUAUCCGGAUGGUUAUGCCAGGGUCUUCUAUUUCAAGGACUGGAUCAAGAAGCACUCGGAUGUCUGAGGAUAUCAAAGGAAAAAGCAACUUUUUUUUUUGUUAGUUGUAAAGAUAAUUAACUGUUGUAUAUUUUGUAUUUUUGUUUGUAAUAUUAAUUGUUAAUAUUUCUACUAAUAUACAAAAUUACAUAUAUAUGCUUAUUUAAAAAAGAAAUUGGCAUUUGCUAUCAUAUUUAUAAUCAUAAACCUCUCGAAGUGAUUUUAAUUUGCCAGCAAAAACAAAUAAGUUAGGCACUCUGGGCUUACUAUCAAUAAAUUGUAAGAAAUCA